AUGACCAACGACACCGCCAUCACCCGCCUCCUCUACGCCAUCCUCAGUCAAAAAUGUCUCAAAGACAUCGACUGGAACAAAGUAGCCCAUGACCCGAUCCUCUCGCAGGAAAUCAGCAACGGGCACGCGGCGCGCAUGCGCUACUCGCGCUUCAAGAAGCAGAUGGACGGCACCGCCGGCGUGCGACGCCCGCGCAACCCCAACUCCCCGCGCAAGAAGAAAGCCGAGAAAGCGGCCAGCAGCAAAACGCCAAAGAAGAUAAAAGAGCGACCAGCGAGCGACAACGACUCCGAUACCGACAAGGCGAAGAUCAAGUUCGAAGGCCCCAGCAGCAGCAGCAGCAGCAGCAGCAGUAGCAGCGGCGGCGGCGGCGGCGGCGGCUCCGGAUAUGAUACUGUCGAGGGCACGCCCGAGGCCGGUAGCGUGGCGUCCCCGGGACUGAUCAAGCGCGAGCCCGUCGCUGCGUCUAGUGACGCUGGUAGUUUGUACACGAGCACGCCAGGAUUCGGGACCCGCGCCGACGAGCUCGAGCACAUGAUGACGGGGUUCGGGAUGGCGGGCCACGAGCACCUGUAUGGGAACGUGCUGAGCGAUGCACAGCAGCAGUUCGGCAUGGAUAUCCCCAUGGGCAUGCAUGAUCCGUUUGGGGGCAUGUGGCAGCCGGCGCAGACGCAUACUGAGGGCAGGGUGUUGGUGAAGACGGAGCCGAGGUGGGAGGAGACGUAUCGGCAGGUCUAA